GAGAGAGGGAGAGCGAGAGAAAGAGCGCUCCUCCUCCUCCUUCGUUCCUCUUCCCACUACUCAUCCCGAAAGCCAAGGUAAUACGGUCCUCACGGCGGAGUCCUCUCAUCAUUUCUUCCCUCGCAUAAUGGAAACUGAAUGAAAACAGCUGUGACACGCUCCGAGAAAUAACCAAAACCUACGACUUGCCAUUAAACUGCCCUGGAAGAAGGUCGUGUUUGUGUGGAUGGAGAAUUUUGAGUCGCACCCAUGUGCUACCUAUCCUCAUACACUCCCUCCUUUUCUUCUCUUUAGCUGGUAAAUGAGCUGAAGUCAAGCUGGUUGUGAAGGUGCUCGACUUCUUCCCCCCUACGCCCCAAGCCGGACACAGCAUGGCGGCGGGAGUAGCGGCAUGGCUUCCCUUUGCCCGGGCAGCAGCCAUCGGCUGGAUGCCUGUGGCCAAUUUGCCCAUGCCAGUAGCACCUGCUGAAAAGAACAAAAGGCAGGAUGAGCUCAUCGUUCUUAAUGUGAGUGGACGCCGUUUCCAGACCUGGAGGAACACUCUGGACCGCUAUCCAGACACACUGCUGGGCAGCUCAGAGAAGGAAUUCUUCUACAAUGAGGAGACCAAAGAAUACUUCUUUGACCGGGACCCCGACGUGUUCCGUAGUGUGCUCAACUUCUACCGUACAGGCAAGCUCCAUUAUCCACGCUACGAGUGCAUAUCUUCCUAUGAUGAGGAACUGGCUUUCUUUGGCAUUGUCCCAGAGAUCAUCGGUGACUGCUGCUAUGAAGAGUACAAGGACAGGAAGAGGGAGAAUGCAGAGCGUCUGAUGGAUGACCAGGAGGACAACAAGGAUGCCAAGCUGCCCAAUAUGACCUUCAGGGAGACCAUGUGGCGGGCUUUUGAAAACCCUCACACUUCAACCAUGGCCCUUGUCUUCUAUUAUGUCACUGGUUUCUUCAUUGCUGUCUCUGUCAUCACCAAUGUGGUAGAGACUGUACCCUGUGGCUCAGUGCCCAACCAGAAGGAAGUGCCAUGCGGUGAGCGCUACACCGUGGCCUUUUUCUGCAUGGACACGGCCUGUGUUAUGAUCUUCACCGUGGAGUACCUGAUGCGCUUGUUUGCUGCACCCAGCCGCUACCGCUUCAUGAGAUCCGUCAUGAGCAUCAUCGAUGUGGUGGCCAUCUUACCAUACUACAUCGGCCUGGUGAUGACUGACAACGAGGACGUGAGCGGUGCUUUCGUGACACUCCGUGUUUUCCGCGUGUUCCGUAUCUUCAAGUUCUCCCGUCACUCGCAGGGCCUUCGCAUCCUGGGCUACACACUGAAGAGCUGUGCCUCGGAGCUGGGCUUCCUCCUCUUCUCCCUCACUAUGGCCAUAAUUAUCUUUGCUACCGUCAUGUUCUACGCAGAGAAGGGUUCAAGCUCCAGCAAAUUCACCAGCAUCCCAGCCUCCUUCUGGUACACCAUCGUUACUAUGACAACGCUCGGGUACGGAGACAUGGUUCCUAAGACGAUCGCAGGGAAGAUCUUUGGCUCAAUCUGCUCUCUGAGCGGGGUGCUGGUAAUUGCCCUGCCUGUCCCUGUCAUCGUGUCCAACUUUAGCCGCAUCUAUCACCAGAACCAGAGAGCAGACAAGCGGCGGGCGCAGAAGGUACAGAAAGCCCGUUUGGCCAGGAUACGAAUAUCCAAGACAGGAAGCUCCAGUGCCUUCCUCCACAGCAAGCGUAAUGGUCUGUUUAAUGAAGCUCUAGAGCUCACGCAACUUCCAUACAAGAUGAACCUUUCGAAUCAGGGUUCCACUGAGGAUGAGAAACGCUUAAGCAAGUCUACCUCUCUUUUAGAGAGCCAGCACCACCACCUGCUGCACUGCUUGGAGAAAACCACUAACCACGAGUUUGUGGACGAGCAGUAUUACCAGCAGAGCUACCUGGAAGGCGGGCUGCAGAAUUACCCGUCCCGAAGCCCCUCCCUUUCCAGUCAAGACGGUGUGACGGGGACGUGCUGCACCCGGCGAACCAAGAAGCACCACACCCCUUUACCGAACGCCAGUGCCCCAGCACACAUGCAGCCUUUGACACACACUCACACGCACCCACAAGGCUUGCAGGAGCUCAGCACCAUCCACAUCCAGCCUCUCAGCACCAGCCGCUCCAGUUUGAACAUGCGCGUAGAUGAGCCAGCCCCUCUGAACUGCCAGAGCAGCCAGAUCACCACAGCAAUCAUCAGCAUUCCCACGCCCCCAGUGACGACUCCGGAGGGUGAUGCUCAUCUGCCGGCAGGCCCCACCCACCAAAAUGUUGUGAAGGUGUCCGCACUGUGAAGACUAGAGUGCAGGCGCGUCACACAGAAAGACAGAUUAAAAAGGAAAAAAAAAACUCAUCGAGACAGACUGAGGGAUGGAGGAGGACUGAGAACGAUGGAGGAGAGAAAGCGUUCAGAGUCCUGGUCUGGCCUUGGUUGAGCCUGCCCUCUGCUGGUCAUGUACUGUAACGACAUGGACUCCCCGUGUGGACGGAGGAUGGCUUUUAGAUACAGUGUCGUCAUGUUAGUGGUUGGCGUACGUGUUCGUGCGUGUGCGAGUGAAAGAGUGAGAAACACCUGUAGGGAGUCGUUUUAGAUAAGCGGGUGAGUGAGUGAGUGUCUCCCAAGUGUCAGUGGUGAGCUCCCCGAGUAAGUCAUGUGUCACUGUGCACAAAGCACCUUUUCUUAUGAUUUACGCUUCAGUUUGACUUUUUUAGCUGGAGAUGUAAGGAGAUAUAAGGAAACCUCAAAGGGAAACAAAAGAAUAACAAUAAUAACACAUAAUCAACCCACCGCCUCAUCGUCCCCCUUUGUUUUCUGAAGUUCUAAUCUCUCCAUAGAUAAAUAUGACACCAAUCCUUUUCAGCUCCAAUAUUAUUCCAAUUUGAUUAAAAAUUCCAAAAAGAUUCUGAUGGUUUUCAUAUUUUCAUAUUCGUGAAUGGGUGCAUGUGAAUUUACUUUUUAUUUUUUUUGGGGUAGAUAAAGGAAUUGUGAUCUUUUGGAUAGAAGGUGUGUGUGCGUGUGAGCGUGUGUGUUUGUUCCUCAGUUGAUUGAAAACUUGUGUUUCAGUUCUUCUGAAAGUCUCUAUGGCUCAGUAUGUGGUAUAUUUGACUAGCUGCCACUCUGAAGGGUUCAGCGCACACAUUUCUGUCCAAAGUUCUCAGCUACAAGGCUUUUACACGACAUGUGCCUGUUCUGCUGGAGUUAAAAGAUAUUCGUUUUUUUCUAGCUUUCUGAAUUUCUCCACGUUCCCCGUUCAUUCCCACUUUUCGGCUCUUCCAGCCUGACGGACCUCAAAUAUCUCGAUUUCCCUGACGUAGAAACCAAAAAGUCUAUUUUUAAUUCAAAACCAUCACAAUUAAAAGCACAAGGCGUUCGCUGAGAAUUUCCGACACAAAUCUGUCCUGAGCCUGGGAUCUUUGUGAAUAUUGUUAAUAGAAUAUUUUGUAAUAUUUGACCAUUGUUUGGCAGAACCAGUGAAGCUGUCCUCUCGUUCUCUCUUUUCCUCACUCUGUCUUUCUCUCUGCUCUCUCUCUCUCUCUACAUUGCUCUCUCGCUCUCUCUCUCGUUGUUGUCCCGUUGUAUCCCUUCCUCCUGUGUGAACAACAGUAUGCUUUCAGUAGUCUUUCUAGCCGUCAACGAUUUUUCUCCCCCAAACUCAGCGGGCAUUUUUUUUUUGAAGUUGUUGAGUAUAUGUACUCUGUGUGGUUAGGAAACUUGGUGUUUGUACUUUUUGUCCUCCUUGGUGUUUCAGAUGAUUUAUUUCCUUUAUCUUCUGGAAAAUUUAAAGCAGGGAAGUCUGUUGUGACGGUGACCGCAGAGACACGAGGACACUGGAUGAGCAUCUACAGAUGUCUGUCACCAAAAAAAAAAAAAAAGUGUUGUUCUGUCUGUUCUCUUGAAUCCGAGACCGAUAUGUGUUAUUUCUCAUCUAAUCCCAUCAAAGUUGACCUUUGUAA